AUCUGUCAAGGAAUAUUCUAAAUCCUGCUCUUCCUUUCCUUGAAUGUGGAACUAAAAACAACUUUUUCGGCAAUGUCGAAGGGAGGUCUUUCUCCAACAGCUGCGUUGCCUUUAUAGUACAGUAAGUAGCUCUAAAAUAAACGUAUUAUAUUUUAAAACAUGUCAAAUAUACGAGCAGCAUCGCAGUGGGGCAGGUAUCCAAACAAUGGCUUGCAAACAACACGGAUUUGGCGACGUUUAGGAUUUCAGAUGUUAUUAUGUAUGUUAUGUUUAACUUGUAAAUAAAAAUGUGCAUUUUUAUUGGGAUGUAAGUUGAGUGUUGGGUAAAAAUGAAUAUCAACCGAUUUUUACUGAUGCUUUUUUGAGUACACACACACACACACACCUUAAAAUAUGAAGAGUAAAUCACCCUUUUCCAUGGAGGUAACCGUAUGGGAGAAGUUUUAAUUUGUCAAAUGAAGUAAAUACCAUGUAUGUUUUGUUGAUAACUGAAUGCUACCGCUGCCAAUCUUCUCCUGCAUGCUUAAAUGUAAAAUGAGAGUUGAUUACAUAGACCCUCUGCAUUAGAUGGUAAACCUAAGUAGAUCCUUAAAUGUGUCAGUCUAUAAUUAUGUGGAGGUUAAUUUUUUUUUUUUGCCUAAUUAAAAAAACCUGCAAGGCGAUGCCCUUUACCUACAGGUAGCUACCAACCGUUUAACCUCCACCCUGACCCCACCCUGCUCUUGCUCACCCUGCCAAGAAUGCUGCUGGACAGGAUUGUGGUUCCCUUCAGACAUUUGGCAUAAACCUGAGUCAGGUUACUUCCUAGACAUAGUUGUAGAAGAACCUUCUGAAAAUAAUUAUCAGCUGGCAGAGAAUGUUGUUUUCAGGAAAUGAAAUAAAAUAUCUUAUAGAAUUGUCUGUUCUGGAAUAGUAGGAAAUAUCCAGGGUAAGUUUUCUUCCCUUGUGCAUUGGAUAAAAGAUAGAAUUAAUGAGUUUUAUUUGAAGGUAAAUUGCUUUCUAGUUAAUGUUAUAUUAACCUGAACUUUAUUAACUAAUAAACACAGCUCUAUUUUCUGGCCACACAGUUGACUAUCUGAAGUAAGCCUCACAUUGUAGUUGCAGGCCAAGUCUACCAUUAAAAAUCAAUCUGUGUGCCACAGAGCCAUGGAGUACAAAAAUAAUUCCGACAUUAAUAUGGUUUUGUUGCAGUGGGUUAUGCUUUACAGGUGCAGGAUGCGUUUGGGUCCUGGCUCUGCCUUCCACCUGCUGCGCUGUGUACAGUUACGGUCAUGUUCCAGAAAAGGACGAAACAGGUUGCCUUUGUGGGUCAGAGAACUGUGGGCCUAUACAAGGCUACUGAUGCAGUCGCUGUGUUUUAACUCCCUCACUGACUCAGAUGUGGUUUUUGACUCAGUCUUCGAACCAGUAUUUUGGACUGUGGAUUAUAUCACCCGUUGGUUUGGGAUGGUCUUUGUUUGUCUGGUGGUUAUACUAACCAGCUCCAUCAUGGUGAUUGCCUAUGUAGUCCUACUGCCGCUGGUCCUCAACACAUACACACCGUUAUGGAUUCUUUGGCAUCUUUGUUAUGGAAAUUGGAUCAUAGUAAUGAUUAGCUUUCAUUACUAUAAAGCUGCAAAGACUUUACCUGGGGGUCCUCCAAAAGAAAAAAAUGACUCUCCAUUUGUGUCCAUCUGCAAAAAAUGUAUCAUGCCCAAACCAGCGAGAACACACCACUGUGGCAUCUGUAACAGAUGCAUUCUGAAAAUGGACCAUCAUUGUCCAUGGCUAAAUAAUUGUGUGGGCCAUUUUAAUCACCGCUAUUUUUUCUCCUACUGCCUUUUCAUGACCUUGGGCUGCUUUUACUGCACCAUCAGUGGCAGAAACUUGUUUUUGGAUGCAUACAACGCACAUGAGCGCUUGAAGCAUUUGGAUAUGGACAAGCCAGGGGUAGCAAUAACAGGGAACUUGGGACUUCUUGUAGGGCUGCUGUCUGCUGCGCAGACAAAUGGGGACACCUCUGCACCAGUCUAUACCUUAAAGGACAAGAUGAUUAACAAGAGCAUCAUCUACAUGUGGGUCCUUACCAGCACAGUUGGAGUCGCCAUGGGAGCUCUAACAAUAUGGCACGGCCUUCUCAUAUCUAAAGGUGAAACUAGUAUAGAGAGACAUAUCAACAAGAAGGAAGCAAAGCGGAUGACAAAGCAAGGAAAGAUUUACAAAAACCCCUUCAACUAUGGCAAGCUAAAUAACUGGAAAGUUUUUCUGGGUGUGGAGAAGAAAAGUCACUGGGUGACGCGAGUUCUCCUUCCUUCUGGACAUCCUCCAUACGGUGACGGGAUGACGUGGGACUUUUUUCCAUUCAAACAGGACUUGAUACCUGUAUGAUGAAUGUCGAUCUCCAAUACCUCAAAAUUGCUGCAACAUUGUCUGUUACAUAUAUUUUUCCACAGUUUAAAUGCCACAAGUUUGAUGUGGGAGCUUGAAGAGUUCUGUUAGGCGAAUGGAUGUGGAAUUUCUCACGUCCAGUUGACUAACAGAACUCUUCAACCUUGACUAUGACCCGGAUGACUGAGAAUCUUGUGUUUCCACACAAGUUUGAUGUACAGAGUAACAUCGCUUGAUUUCAAAUUUGUGUCCAGACCACAUUCGUGUUAAGUGAACAACAUCUUUAGUUACAAAAACCAUGCUCUCUUGUUGUCACUGUAGAAAUUUAAAUUUAGAAUGUUAUUUAAAACUGACAUUUCUGUAGGAAAAUGGAAAAAAAAGAAGCUCAUAAUAUAAAUAAUUUCAUUUUCCUCUAUCAUUUGCUAGCCAGUCCAAUAUUAUCAUUUGAUUCAAACCCUCGAGGAGAAAAUAAGCUUCAUGACAAUUUGCUAUUUAUGUGUUUUUGUACUUGGUAAGUUAAUUAAAUUGGUUUAAUAUGAUUGUA